UAAAUUCCGCUUUACAGAAACCUAGAUUAACCCUAAUAAUCUUAUAUAUCCGUCGUCGCAUUGUAUUUCGAUUUCGAAGAAGUUAAAAACCAAAAAGUCUUUCUCCUUUGCCUUAAAUCCUAGGAAGAGAAACCCUUUCUUUCAUCUCGGCGUUAAUUUGGAUUUCAAAGUCAAGAGACAAGAGUAGUGAAUUUUGAAGGCGGCGCGGCGAAUAAGCAAAACCAUGGCGGAUUUGGAUUCGGAGCAGCAAUCAUCCGAAAAGAAAGAGAUGAAGACGGAGAAGAAGAAAAGAUCCAGAGACAAAGCGAAGAUACUAAAGCAGCUAGCAGUGGAGGCCGAAGAGCAAAAAGCAGAGAAGAAAAAGAAGAAGAAACUAAAGCAGGAGGUUGCCAUGGAGGAUGAAGAGACCGAAGCAAUUAGUGAAGAAAAACCGAAGAAGAAGAAGCAGAAGAAAAAGAAAGCGAAGAUCGAAGAAGAAGAAGAAGAAGAAGAAGAAGGAGACAAAGUGGAGGAGGAAAGUAGUGGAAACGGUAUAAUGACUAACGAAACGUUUGAGUCAUUGGGGUUAUCUGAUAACACUUAUAAAUCUAUCAAAGAGAUGGGUUUUGCACGCUUGACUCAGAUUCAAGCUAGAGCAAUUCCGCCGCUGAUGAUGGGAAAAGAUGUACUUGGAGCUGCCAGAACCGGUUCUGGAAAAACCAUAGCUUUUCUUAUACCCGCUGUAGAGCUUCUAUACCAUGUUCGGUUUACUCCUCGCAAUGGCACUGGUGUUAUUGUCAUUUGUCCAACUAGAGAGCUCGCCAUUCAGUCAUAUUUAGUGGCGAAAGAGCUUCUUAAGUUUCAUUCUCAGACUGUGGGAAAGGUUAUUGGUGGUGAGAACAGAAAGAAAGAAACUGAGAUUCUUGUCAAAGGUGUUAAUCUGUUGGUAGCUACCCCUGGAAGACUUCUCGACCACCUUGAGAAUACUGAUGGAUUCGUAUUCAAGAACUUGAAGUUUCUUGUGAUGGAUGAGGCUGAUAGGAUACUGGAACAGAACUUUGAAGAAGACAUGAAGAAGAUCAUUAAGCUUCUACCAAAGGUAUUUUUAUUGCUUGCAUACUGUGAAUUAACCAAUGAUUCAAUAAGGACACAAUGUCUAAAUUUUUAUUUGCUACAGACAAGGCAGACGUCACUGUUUUCCGCCACACAGACUUCUAAGGUUGAGGAUCUUGCUCGUGUGUCACUUACAUCACCUGUUUAUAUCGAUGUGGAUGAAGGAAGAAAAGAGGUUACAAAUGAAGGCUUGGAGCAAGGUUACUGCAUUGUGCCGAGUGCGAAGCGGUUACUCUUCUUGAUCACCUUCUUGAAGAGGUUUCAUGGGAUGAAGAAGAUCAUGGUGUUUUUCUCCACUUGCAAAUCGACAAAGUUCCACGCGGAUCUCUUUCGGUACAUCAAAAUAGAUUGUCUCGCCAUUCACGGAGUGAUGGAGCAGAGCAAAAGGACUUCAACGUUUUUCCAGUUCGUUAAGAUGGAAACUGGUCUGUUAUUGUGUACUAAUGUAGGUGCCCGCGGUCUCGACUUUCCACAUGUGGAUUGGAUUGUGCAGUAUGAUCCUCCAGAUGAUCCUACGGAAUACAUUCAUAGAGUAGGUAGAACAGCUCGUGGAGAGGGUGCAAAAGGGAAUGCUCUGCUUGUCCUAACUCCACAGGAGUUGCAGUUUAUUCAGUAUCUCAAGGCUGCUAAGAUUCCUGUCAUAGAACAUGAAUUCGAGGAAGAGAAGUUGCUCAAUGUGCAGGCUUUUCUGGAAAAGACGAUAUCUAAAAACAGUGCAUUGAGCGUGUCAGCAAAAGAAGCAUACAAGACUUACAUAGCAGGAUACGAUUCUCACUCUAUGAAAGAUGUCUUUGAUGCUCGCGGGCUCGUUCUCAAGGAUGUUGCGGCUUCGUUCGGUUUCUCAUCACCACCCACAGUAUUGCUGAAGAUACAUCGUGGAGGAGACGGGUACAGGAGCAAGAGAGAACCUGUUAAUAAUAAGUUUAACAGAGCUCGUGGUGGUGGUAGAGCUCGUGGUGGUGGUAGAGCUCGUGGUGGUAGAACUAAGUUCGAGAGGUACUAAGUAGUAACGUGACAAGACAAGAGAGACCAGUUUUGUCCCUGAUACACUUUGGGAGUCAUUUGUCACUCUUUUUUUCUCUUCUUUUUUUGCAUUGAAACAUGUGCAUUCAGUUACAAUACUUUGAAUCCAGGAUCUAGAGAUCAAUUUCUUAUUAAUUUGCAAUCUCAAUGAUAAACCAA